AUGGCAUGGGCGGACGUCCCCAUCAAGCCCGCCCAGGGUAUCUCCUACUUCACACCAGCGCAGAGCCUCCCAGCAGGCACCGCUCGUCAGCCUCAGACAAGUGGCAAGCCCAUCCCCAAGCUCUUCCAGCCCUUAACCAUCCGCAGCACAAACUUUCAGAACCGCGUUGGCGUAGCGCCCAUGUGCCAAUAUAGCGCAGACGAUGGGCACAUGACCUCAUGGCAUAUCGCCCACUACGGCGGCAUUGCCCAGCGUGGAACGGGAAUGAUCAUCAUCGAAGCCACUGGUAUUGUUCCUGAAGGCCGUAUCACACCCGUUUGCUCGGGUCUGUGGAAAGACUCCCAGAUCGCACCACUCAAGCAGGUCAUUGAGUUUGCUCACAGUCAGGGUCAAAAGAUUGGCAUUCAGGUGGGCCAUGCAGGCCGGAAGGCCUCGACAUUGCCUCCUUGGCUAGGCGGUGCUACGGCCACAAACGCGGUUGGCGGCUGGGUGGAUAAUGUCAAGGCUCCUAGUGCCAUUGCCUUCGCUGAGGGCGACAUUAUUCCCAAGGCCAUGACGAAGGAGGACAUUGAAGAGGUCAAGGCUGCCUGGGUUGCGGCGAUCAAGCGAGCCCUGGCUGCUGGCGCUGAUUUUAUUGAGAUUCAUAAUGCCCAUGGAUAUUUGCUCUCCUCUUUCCUUAGCCCGUCGUCUAACAAGCGUACCGACGAAUAUGGUGGCAGUUUCGAAAACCGCAUCCGUCUCUCCCUUGAGAUUGCUCAGCUCACGCGUGAUACUGUGGGACCCAAUACCCCCGUUUUCCUACGUGUCUCCGCAACUGACUGGCUGGAGAACAUCCUCCCUGAGGAGAAGGGGUGGAAGCUGGAGGAUACAGUGGAGUUUGCCCGCGCCCUUGCCAAGCAGGGUGUCGUCGACUUGAUUGAUGUCAGUACCGGUGGUAUGCACAGCGCACAGGUGGUGACCUCCGGCGCUGGCUUCCAAGUUCCAUUCGCAAAGGCUGUCAAGCAGGCCAUCAGGGACAAAAUGUUCAUUUCCGCUGUGGGCACUAUUCAUAACGGUGUGCUGGCCGAUAAGAUCUUGAACGAUGAUGAUAUUGAUGUCAUCCUAGUUGGUCGUGCCUUCCAGCGUGAUAGUGGACUUACCUGGGCCUUCGCCAAAGACUUGGAUGUCGAAAUUGCCAUGGCUGCGCAGAUCCGCUGGGGUUUCACGAGCUCCCGCAAUUCGUCCGAGUACAUCGAGCCAAACUCAAUGAAGGCGUCUAUUUUUGACUAG